UGCGUGGUGGCGCGUGCAGAGGUUGAACAGCUUCUCCUUGGACUAACGCUGGAGCUGAAAGAGAAGCUGUCGGCACGGGACGCAGAGGUUGCAGCUCUGCGGGAGCAGCUGGAGAGCACGAAGGGCGAUCUUACCGCGGCGAAGCUGGCGGCGGAGGCUGUGGUGGAGAGCGCCAGGACGACGGCGGUGCAGCAGUUCCUGGCGUCCGAGGAGCACAAGCGGCGGCUCGCGGAGCACGCGCUGGCGGGGUACGAGCGCGGCGCCGAGGAGAUGAAGCGCGCUGUUCUCCGGAUAUACCCUCACCUCGACGCCGCCCGGCUGGUCGUGCCGCUAGAUUAGCUUAGCUCUGCUCUCCGUUAUUGUUGGUCUCUUGUGCGUGCCUUCUCUUGAGAGAUCAUGUAAGGAGUUGCUGGAUUAUGUGCGUAGCAUCAAGGACGAAGAAUGUCACUGAGUUGGCCAUGCAUGCUCGCAGUUUGAUUGUGGGCAGCAAACGAU